AUGGCCUUCAUUGAUGCCUUCCGGCUCUUCAAAGCAAGGAAGAGAGCGCAGGCGGGGCUCGAAGAGGGUCGUGAUGACGAGGAUCCACAGGAGCUUCCGGGGGAGGAGGACUUGGCGGCCGGGGCUGCCGGAGAGGGCCACGACCCUCGCCUGCAGCCCUUCUGCUGCUCGGCCUUGGCUUCUUCCGUAUGA